GCGAUGUUCGCUAGCGUCCGGAUUGGAUGCGAUUGUCACCUGCCUCACGAAGCGGUCCAGGGACUCCACCCGGACGACAACGAGAGGACGACGGUUCCACGUCGGGUGCGCAAGUGGAGCGGCACGGUAGGCAAUCGUGGGCAGAUGCGAGGCAGGCGUUGCGUCAAGCAGGAGCGGACACCAUAACGAGAGGGGUGCAAGAGCUCCACGUGGACGAAGGCGGCGAAGCAGCUGCUGAGGAACCAUUCAACUGCGACGACGUUGAUGAUGAAAAAGACUGCAACUCCGACGAAUUGCCUGAUGUUCGUCCACUUGGGAGGAAGGCCAGGGGCGGCGGUGCGAGUGCGAAGAAAGGUUCCCCUACGUCAAAUCGGAGGAAUAAGAGGAGGGACGACGACACUGGCGGGAGCGAUGGCGAGGGCGGUCGCAAUUUCUGGUCGGUAGGAGACACGGUCACACUCGUCCGGGCGAAAAGGGAUCAAGACCUAUAUUUUGCGGGCAUGGGCCACAAUUUCGGGUGCAUGAAGACUAGGGAAUGGAGGUGGGAGGACGUCCGACAGAGGUUGGUAAAGUUGGGGGUCCAGCGGAAGGCCGUCGCCUGCGACAAGAAGUGGGACAACUUGAUGCAGCAGUUCAAGAAGGUUCACAAGUACCAAAACCUCUCCGGCGGGAAGGACUAUUUCAAGCUUGCUUCUUCGGCGAGGAGAUCGGAGGGUUUCAGCUUCGUCAUGGACCGGAGCGUUUUCGACGAGAUGGAGGCGAUGACGAAGGGGGAUCACACUAUCCACCCGAAAAAUUUUGCAGACACGGGGGCGCCGGGGGGGGUGCAGAUGCCGGCAGGAGCGGGGCUGAGGGGGAUGACAUCAGCAGUGAGGGGGGAGGGGAGCCCGUCGACGAAGACCAGGGAUCGACGAAAGAUUCUAGAUUCAUUGAAGAAGGGGCGGCAUGUCCCCAAGGGGAAGAGGCUGCGUCCGGGGGAAGCUUCAGGAAGCGCUCCAAGCCGGAUCGCGCAAGGUUGGGUGGCAGCAGCCCAACGGGACGAUGACGACGAGUAUGCAUCCGGGGAAGCACGCGCCGAGGGAACGGCGUCUGCAGUGCGGGAGAGUGAUCGGCAACGGUCGUCCGAUCAUAGCGCUUCGAAGGGGAUGACCACCCCGCCGCCCGACGCCCUGCGAGUGCAAGGCCGCGACACGCGGACAAAGAAGGUCACUGUCGUCGAUGUGGUCGAUCCGUCAGAUGACGAACCAUUGGAGAAACGUCGCCUGCGCACGGCGGCUGCAAACACCCCAGGCACGCCGACUCUGCCACGUCAACCUCACCCGAACGAUGAAGGAGGGUCCGCCCAACGCGUCGCCGCUCGUGCAGUCGUCGCCGCCCGGGGUGCAGCGGGGGCGGAGGCAGCAGGUGCUGCUGGGGCACGCCUGGCGAGAAGAAUCCUGGUCGGGAGGGUGAUGACCCCUCUUCAAGUCGUCAUCGUCGGGGACGGGUUACCAGCGCCUACCAUCCCUCGGAGCGUCGUCAUGCCGAAAUCAAGCGCGAAGGUGGCGCGGAUCUCCGACCAGUCACAACUGCAGCAAGCCACGAAACGCGCGACGACUUUGGAGAACGUUGUUAUGCGCAUCUUGCACGGCUGGGUGUUCAAGUCCGGAAACCGCCCGAGGGGUUACCAUCUCACCUUCCAGUACAAGUUGGAAUCCUUCGCCACGGACCUUGCGCGUGUUAUGUGGUGCGGCGAGGAGUGGAGUAACGCCGUCAGCGCCGAGGUUUGCGCGCACACGAUAGACUUGGGCAUGGACUUGCCGCUGUGGUUCGUCGGUGCGAGCGUUGAUGAUAGGCCUGACGACGACGACAUGAUGGCAUACCAGGAGUCCACUAUAAUAUGCAUCGCGCAUGCCUUCCGCGCGGCGAUCCAGAUGGUUGCUACCAUCGACGGAGGUUUCAUCUCGUACGAGCGUCUUUGUCGGGUGGCCGAUUGUUUCAGGCUGCUGCUGGCGGCGAGCAUGUGGUUGAUGCGCAUGGCGGGAGACGAUCAGCGCAGCCACUACGAAGCUUUCUACUUCGCAAAGCUGGUGGCUAAGCCCACGCUCGUCGCGUCCAUGCAUCGCGCCUUCGAGCAUCGCAAGAAGGUCCUCCGCGCCGUGAACGUCGUGACGGAAAGGCUCGGGAAGGCGAACGCCACCCUCGGCGAGUAUCCAAAGUACAUCCCAGAUUGGGCGGACUGCGGCAUCAGUUUCGGCCACGCCGCCACCAUAACAGGGUCGGACGAAGCGAAGAAGUUAGGCUGGUUGGGUUCCGGCCCCCCCGACGACGACGACGGCGAAGCUGAUGGGAAGAAGGAGACGUAGGGGCAGGUUGGGGGGGUUGGGGUGGUUGACGUCCACGGUCGAUUGGGUUGGUGAUAUACACUA